AUGCUUACCUGCAUAUUGACUAAUCUAGUUACCUUGGCUGUAUUUAACCGGGUCCUGCAAUGUGAGACCAUCGAAGCACCCGUCCGAGCGCAGACGGCUGUGACGACGCGACUACGGCACCUGCUCUCAGGAGCUGUAACCAGCACACACGGGCGCACUUGCGCAGCGCACAUCCGCGCACUCGAAUUGGGAGGCUUCGCCAUCGGCAGCCUGACCAUGGGCGGGCGAAUGAAACACCUCCACCAUGUUCGCAGCAGUUUUGCUUAA